GAACACCCCGAUUGCUUCAUGGUACUGGAAAUGAUAAUUUUGAUACAAGCGAAGUUGGGCAAACAGAACAAUCACCAUUACAAAAAUACUGGACUAGAGCAGUCAAAUUCGAAAAUCUUUUUCUAUUUCAACUAUAUCAGAGAUAUAGAUUUUAUAAAGGUGUUUGGAGGAAAUAUGAUUAUGAAAAACUUUUUAAUAGGCAUCUUGCAGAAAGAGAAGAUGAACUUGAUGAUUUGCUCAAACCAUCAGUUGAUAACAUAGAAGAAGAAGUUGAGAAUGAUGAGGGUGAGCAGCUAGAAACAGAUGAAGACGAUAAUGAAAUUUGA